AUGAACAGAGCUGAAGUAUUGGGCCUGUACAAGUCAAUACUUCGGCUUCACAGAUCGCUUCCUAUGGAGUUCAAGAUUCUGGGAGAUCGAUAUUGCAGACAGGAAUUUAGAAAUCACAAAAGCGUCACUGAUCCCGGUUUACUCACGGAUUUUAUACACGAAUGGAAAACAUACAAAGAACACGUAGAAGCUAGCAAAAAGGGUAAAGAGACGCUUGAAAGGCUCGGAAAAACUCUUACACACUCUCAAAUUAAUUCCCUGUCAACUGAGCAAGUUGGACAGUUACACACUCUUUGGGAGGAAACCAAUAAGCCCUUCCUUAUCUAA